AUCAUCACCGAUCGGGUCCGACGAUAGUGACAGUUCGAAACCGAUGACAGCACUCCCUUUUGAUUAGAAGAACCAUGGAGAUUUUAGAGUACUUGUCGAGAGAUUGCUAGAAGAGAUCGAUGCUGUAGACGAGGUCUUAAAAAAUGACCAGAGACCAGAUAUAGCAGCGUGACGAUGAUACCGAACGACAAGAUUAUUGAGAGAAGAUUCGUCCACGUAUUUCGGAACCACCAUGUAGAAAAUGUGAAAUAACGAUCGCAGCCAACUGCAAUGACAACAUUUCCCACGAGAGCACUAAAGAGAUGGAGUCGAGAGAAGGCGGUGAUGGGGAGGUUCAAAUAUCAGACGGUUUCUUCAGGUGGCUUUGGUGGAGGGUGAUCGGCUGCUGGCUCACUGAAGAGGCUGGCAAAGCCGGCGUCGUCGCCAUGGACGGUGAAGUCAAAGGAAAGCGACGCCAGGCUAAGAUUUCCAGUCCCAAGAACGUUGACUUUGAGACGAUCUGGAAAGGGAAGCAGCAACGCGAGUUUCACCUUCUGAUUAUUUACUUGUUUGUGAUAGCAACUGUUUCAAUUGCCUACGUGAUCGGUUACUUCAAGUGGUCGUUUGGAUGGCUUAUGCCGCCGUUUAUCGUCAUGCUGUGUGUUUGGCGUUUCAAGAUGUUUAGGAUAGUAGAGGACCACCUCACACAAGAACACGUUAGAGUACACCGAAAGAGAGCCUUACGAGGCAGUGAGACUGCUGAGUGGAUGAAUUUUAUCAUGAACCGAUGGGCUGCUUUCAGUUCACAAGGCCUAUCGGAUGUGGUCAAACGGAAACUCAACCCGAUAUUGGGUCAGUUCAGACCAAUUAUUCUGGACCAUGUUGCAGUGAAAUCAUUCACCCUUGGUGAGCAUGCUCCGUACAUUCAGCAUAUUCAAGUGUUUGAGGUGUCCGAUGGCCUUCCCGGUGGGAGGAAGCAGGCAUCGUGGUACAAUGUCGGCGAGGCACCAAAAGAGCUGUGCAAUAUGGAGAAAUAUCAAAUAGUCAUGGACAUGGAAGCCGGCAUGUAUUGUGAACACUUCAGAAUGGUGUUGCAGACCAAAUUAGCUGGCCUCCCGUUUGGUCCUGAUAUUCUUGUGGAGAACUUGAAGAUUCAGGGCCGCCUUAAUCUCGUUCCGGCUCUUUCUGCCGAGGUUCCAUUCCCCCAUAUGUCUAAGGUCAGUUUAUCAUUCGUAGAAAAGCCAAACAUUUGGUUCUCUGUGAAGAUUUUGAGAACAUUCGAAGUGAUGGACCUUCCCCUGCUGAAGAGUUGGAUACACAAUUUCGUCAUGGAUAUAAUCUGUCUGACCUUGGUUGACCCCUAUAAGUUUGAACUUGAUCUUAAGACGGAAAGACCAGUGGUUGGUCCAACUGCUUCGAGGGCAAAGAAACAAAAUUCCAAAGGCGUCCUGACUGUUACAGUCAAAGGGGGUCCAAGUGGGAAAGAGUCUUGUUCAGAAGACCCGCAAUUUUGUGUUCUUAAAGUUUGCUCUCAGGUAUACUCUACCGACAAGACACCUCAUAGACAGUCUUGGCAAGACACGUGCUCAUUCUUAAUCUGUGAUAUAAAAACUGAAAAGUUGGUGCUGAAAGUAAAAUCUAAAAAAAUGCUCAGUAAUGUAACAAUUGCUUGCUAUGACCUUCACCUUGGUAACUAUGCUUUCGAUGAGAAUAACUGUAUUGAAGCUGUCUUAGACGAGAAAGAGACAGAACUAGACACACAGCUAACAUUGACACUGGAAUACGCCAGACUGCCUACCAUUGUCCUGGAUGCUGUUCCCCCUACGCUUGUUGACAUACCUCCAAGAGAAGUCUCCGGAGUUGUUUACUUGUGCCUCCAUGGUGGAGUAAACCUCCUGGCCCUAGACAAGUCCGGUACCUCAGAUCCGUACUGUGUUGUAUUCGCCAAUAGGAAGAAAGUGUUUUCAACACACUAUGUGACCGAGACACGAAACCCGAAAUGGGAUGCUUCGUAUGAAGUAUUCGUAGAGGACUUCUCAAAGACUACAUUUACCUUCCUGUGCUAUGACUGGGAUGGUAACGAGGCCUGUGAUGAUGACUUCAUGGGCGCGGCACACCUGUUACUCACACAGGAUGAACCAUGGGUGACACACAAGUCACUCACACUUGGUUACAACAUCUUGAACAUUGGUGCCGUCACUUAUAACACAAACCUAGGCAGCAUCAUGGUAUCGGCAAUCUUCAGACCUGUGGCAGCAGUCAAGAGAUCGGAAAACUCACGAAUCUCAGUGGAAACGACGAUUGGCGAGAUGGCAAACGCAUUAGUAGGUCGGAAGCACUCUUCCCAGAGCAGGCCGCCGACAGUAAUCCGCCAACACACAAGCAUUCGCAGGAAGCACUCUUCCAGCAACCCAGAUUCUCCAAAGAAACUUUCGACUGGUGUUGAUGUGUUCAAGUUAUUGUCUCAGGGUCAUAGCAUACUAGAGUUACGUAUCAUCAAAGCAAGGGACCUCAUGGCCAUGGACAGUAAUGGUUUCAGUGAUCCGUACUGUGUCGUGAAAGUUGGAAAAGAGAAAAAGUUCCAGACAACAGUCAAGAAGAAAACAUUAGACCCAGUGUGGGAUGAAUCCGUUACGAUUCAGAUGCCAGAGGGUGAUGAUAAACUAGAAAUUGUGGUUUGGGAUCGUGAUCCGUUGAUGAUGAAGGAUUUUCUCGGCGAGUUGUCUUUUUCGCCGGAGGAGAUCAAGCGGCUCUCGAGCAUUGGCGAACCAGGGUGGUUCUUGUUGCAGAAGACAAACACUGGACAGAUUCAGAUCAAGGUCAAGGUAAUUUUGGAAGACAUGAAGGGCUGCAUGGACGAAGUGGCACGCUUUGUAACUGCGGCAGAAGAAGUGGAGAGAAUCCACAGUCUCAGCUCAACGGAAGGUGUCCAUUCCGCCUCCGAGAUGGAGACUGAGAAACAAAAGCCGGGUCACAUUGAUAGGAAUGCUGAUGCGUACGCGACACUUCCGUCGAGAUUCAAGAAGCGUGAUAAAAGGAAUGAAGUGAAGCGAUCUCACUCUGAUGUUCAAGUGCACAAAACUGGAAAGUUCCCAUUUAGUUUAUUCCGAUCGAGGUCACAGGGAGGUCCUCAGCACAAAGGUCAUGAUACUGUGGACAGUGGAGACGAUACGGAUCUUCGUUUAUCAGACGAGUCAGUCAGUUCUCUGGAUAAAUAUGCAGCAUCACGAGAUGGACACGUUCAACACAAGUUCUUCGAUGUGAGAGGCGAAGUGGUAAAGGUACAAGUGGGAGAUGAGGUGGUAGGAGUUGCUACUUCUAAAGCUGCUAUUUAUUGCAAGAUUAGACUAGACAGCCGCUCAAUAUCGCAACGGUCACUGAAGUUCUCGCCUGGUCGUGUUCUGGCGAAAUCACAACCAGUGAAACAAGAUGAUAGCACGUGUAUGUACAACUUUGCUUUCGAGGUCGAUAGAAGUGGAGGUGUUCCAGCUGACGCUUUACUCAUUCUUGAUGUGAAGAGUACGCACAAGAACCAGCACAUAGCUACAAAAGGUUACACUCUCAGACAGCUGUUUCAUGGCUCCCAUCAUCAGGUGGCCGGGUGGGUCAACUUGGAAAACGAUGUUCAGGUCUACAUGGAGCUCCAGCGUAGCACUACCCAGAUCAACCCCAAACAAAGGGGACCUUUCUCCAUUCUUUCACUUGGCAGCACGAAGAGGAAGAAGGAGGCUGUACCAUUUAACGGUAGAUAUGAAGAAAAUGGUUCUGAUAUUGUUUUCAGUCCAUGAUGUGCACGUUAGAUUAGGGUUGUAAAUUCAUGAAAUGACAAUAGCAAGAAGCCUAAAGCCUACCCUCAUGAAUACUCAGUUGAUGUUGUUCCGAAGCAGAUUUACCCUCAAAUAGUUCGUAGUCAGGUACAUUGUGCAAGUUUUAGUACGGUAUAUUUUAGCUUCUUCAUCGAUUUUACGUGUUGGCCUGGUAGUAUAGUAUAUUGAGUUGUGAGGGUGAUCGGAACCACAGCUAUUCUUUUCAUUAAAAACCGUAGACAACCCGGUGGUAUUGAUACAUCUUGGAAAACAGGGCUCAUUCAGCCCGUCACUUGAAUGUAUUCUCCUUUUUAUGCGUAAGAUAUCAAGUUAAGAGCUCAGUUGAGAGCUUCUCUAUCUCUGUAUCUGAAGUGACUUACUUUGCUCGCAGAAAAAAAGGUUUAGUUAUUUGAAAUUGUGCGCCCUAAAGCACUGCCUAA